AUGAGAGUCCCGACCUCUGCGCUGGAUGGCUGCAGUGAAUCUUUCUUUGCCGCUGAUGAAAAACGUGAAAAGGCUAGCACCCAAUUUUUUGCAGACACAGGGGUGAUGGCCAUGUUAUGUCACCAUGAUCGUGUAUUAUGGCUUGUUAACAUGAUGUCAGCGGGAGAAAAGCAGCAUUAUGCUCUCGCCCUGAUCAAGAAGCUUUUCGAUAACAUCCCUCCUGAGAUGACUGUUGGCCUCUUGUAUGACAUCGGCUGUCAACUUCAUCGAAGUUGUCUCAAGUACCGGCUCCUCAAUGACGACGUUCUUCGCUGGAUAACUUUCGCAAUAUCAGUCUUUCACGCUUACGGCCACCAAUGGGCCUGUCAAAUUAUAUACCGUCCUUGCAAGUGUGAAGGCUUUGGCCUUUCUGAUGGAGAAGGUUGCGAGUGUCUAUGGAGUGCACUCAAACAUCUUAUUGCUCCGCUACACAUUUCUGGGGUCCGGCACCUCGAUGACAAAAACCUUGUUUUGUUUGGCAGCUGGUUGAGCCGGAGGUGGAACAACUGUGCUAAGAAGAAGAGUAAUGUCAUGCAAGCUCUACAUGAGCUUUCAGUGGAUGAAACUCCUGUCUGUCAGCAGUGGAAAUUACAGGUUGAAUAUCAGAUGAGACCCCUGCCUCAUAAGUGUCAUGUUGGAAGAUCGAAGACAAGCAAUGACAAGGAAAUCUCGAAAAUCCUCUCCAUCAAGAAAUCUCUCGCUGAGCUCGAUGGAUCGUUGCGACGCAUGAAAAUGCAACUUUGUACAGGAAAUGUCAACAAUCUCGUCGACUUCAACCUUCGUCUCAUCGAAGAGCGUGCUCACCGAUCGAGACUCGCGGACACUUUGAGCCGCUGGAAGGUAAGGCUUGGCAUCAAUCAGUGCACCCAUCUGGACCAAUUACGUCACAAUGUAUAUCUACAACGCAAGUUCGAAAUUGAGAAGCUUGAACGCUCAUACAGGCAAACAUUCCUAUGUGUGGAUCUCAGUGCUCUUAUCAGACAACGCCACAGUCCUCCCAAUGCUAUAGUGCCUAACCCUAUCUCUCUCCUGCCGGACAUUGGACUCGAUGAUAUCGUGCUGGAACCCCCUGAUUGGUUAGCUGAUGAGGUUACUCGUGCUGCGAUCAGACUGGUGCUCGAGAUUGACCAAUGUGACGAAGAAGAGUUGCGUGUGAAGGUUGAGCGCUGUGCCCUGCAGGAGUGGGCUAUUGUUGAGUGGGAUGCUCUGCAGAGGGCCCGUGCAUAUGCAAGUGAUGAUGAGCUUAUGGAUGUCUUAGAAGAUAUUGCAUUAGCAGAUCAGUAUAGAGGGGAAGAGGUAGAUUAUAUCGAGGAUGGCUAUGCAGUCAACGACUCAGUUGGUAAACAGCCCAACUAG